AUGAAAAAGAUAUCACCAAGUUUAUUGGAUUAUCAAUCUGCAGGUCAGGGAUAUCUACUUAAAUAUAUUCAGACAUUAAAUGAAGAAGAAUAGAAUAAAAUUAUUCAAAAAUUACAGAAAUAUGAUAUAAAAUAACUGUAUUAAGUAAAAUUAUGUUUAGAAGUUAGACUUAUCAAUAAUACAAAUCAAAGAUAGUAUAGAUGAAACCAUAUGAGAAAAUCAGAUGUUUAGAGUUUGAUGAGAAGGAUUAAGAGAUUGGAUAUACAACAAUAGCAGAGGGCAAACGUAUAAGGCAAUCCUCACUAUUUAGUGGCAAUCGUAUUGAGUGCUCAGCAAAACAUUAGUUUGUUAGACAUCCAGUUGCCUUCACAUAAGUGUUUGUUACAAUUAUAUUGUGAAAGAAUUUGGAGUCUUUAGAAUUUAAUCAAACAACAUUGUGGAAAAUGUUUACCAAUAUUGAUAUUUAUUAUGACUACAAAUAUUAAUCAUGAUAUGAUUACUAGCUUUUUUUCAGAAAAAAAACAUUUUGGUUUAUAAGAAGAUCAGAUAUUUGUUAUUUAAUAAGAUUAAUUACCAUUAUUUAAUUUGGAAGGACAAAUUCUAUUUAGUAAUUAAUUUUAAAUUUUUGAUGAAUGCAUUGGAAAUGGAUAUAUUUAUUUAAAUUAAUCUGUUUUAGAUACAAUGAAAUUAAUGGGAAUAACUAUUCUUCAUUUAUGUUCUAUAGAAAAUGUACUUUGUAAAUUUGGAGAUCCUAUUUGGAUUGGUGCAUUCAUUAAAAAUCAAUUAUAUUUAAGUGCUAAAUGUGUACAGAAACGUAGUUUUGAUGAAAAUCUAGGAAUUAUAAUCAAUUAAUUUGAUUAAGGUUUAUAAUAUAAAGGUAUAAUCAUUUAGAAUUUUAUAUUAUAGAAUAUGAUGAAAUUACAUAUAAUGAUUUAUUCAAAAGAGAUUAAAAUGGAUGUUUAUCUAAUUCAGAUGGAGUAAUUGGUUAAAUCUUAUGUUCAUUGGAUUAUGCACUUGAACUUUGUUGCAAUUAUAAAAAAUAUAUUUUGUCUAAGUAGAGAUUUACAAUCAAAUUAGUUUCCAUAUUAGAUAAAAGAAAUGUACAUAUUUUGAUUACAUAACUUCCAGAUCAAUCAAAUCUAUCUCAUAACCUAAUGCACUUAAAUUUGAAUUGACAUAUUAUGUAGCUAUUCCUUAUUGUCCUAUUUAAUUAUUUGGAUUAUUUAGAGUCAAAAGGGAAGAUGAAUAUGCUCCAAUCCUUAAUCCAUCAAAUUAAAGUAAAGACACCAUUCAUACAGCACGUUAAGCUUAUAUGCAAAGAGAUUAAAAAUGGAUGUCUUAAUUAGGUUUUGAAAUCAAUUAAGAAUUUGAGAUUUCACCUAAAUUAACUUAUUUUGGAGAAGGUUUAGAGGAAGCUAUUAAAAUGUAAAUCAAAAAUAAAUAAUAAAUACCUCUUAUUCUACAUAGUGAUAAAUAAAUUAGAACUGUUAGAAUGAAUAGUGUUCAUAAUUACACUAUGAUUAAUCAAUUUUAUAUUGAUAAUGUAAAUUUUCAAAAGAAAUCUAAUAUUAUUCAAAGAUCAAAAGAAAAUAACCUAAAAGUAUGUUUAUCAUAUCCUUAAAGUUCAUCUAACAAAUAAUCAACUUAAACAUUAAAUACAUAAAGUUUCUUAUAACAAAAAAUGAGCAUUCAUUAAAGUUUAAAUCAUAUCAAAUAACCAAUUUCCACUUCAAUAAUCACUCCAACUAGUAAUCAAAAUUUUCAAUUGUCAAGUAGAUAAAGUAUAGAUCGAUAACCAAAUCGAUAAACUGA